GAGGCCCCCAGCCCGCGUCUAGUGCUCUCAGGACCGCGGCACUGAGCACGCGACCUCUCGUGAUAACCGCUCGUUGAUUAUACUCGGUGUAGUGAUUGACUUCGUUUGUUCAUUGUUGGAGAUCGGAUUUGGACAGAAGCCAUGGAGGCCGGAGAUUUCAAAGACUUUGCGAAAGCAAUGACAGAAUACAUUGCUGAAUAUCUGGAAAAUAUUCGAGACAGACAAGUGGUCCCAUCAGUGAAGCCGGGCUACCUGCGUCCUCUAGUCCCAGAACAAGCGCCUCAGCAGGCCGAGCACUGGACGGCGGUGAUGCAGGACAUCGAGCGCGUGGUCAUGUCCGGGGUCACCCACUGGCACUCCCCGCGCUUCCACGCCUACUUCCCCACCGCCAACUCCUACCCGGCCAUUGUCGCCGACAUGCUCAGCGGGGCCAUCGCUUGCAUAGGAUUCACUUGGAUUGCCAGCCCGGCUUGCACGGAGCUCGAAGUGGUGAUGUUGGACUGGCUCGGCCAGAUGUUGGGGCUUCCGGAGAGCUUCCUAGCGCGGUCGGGGGGCGAGGCUGGAGGAGUCAUCCAGGGGACUGCCAGCGAGGCUACCCUGGUGGCCUUGCUCGGCGCCAAGGCUAAGACGCUGUUUGAAGUCAAGGCGAAACACCCUGAGUGGGCCGACAAGGACAUCAUCCCUAAGCUUGUUGGAUAUUGCAACAGUCAAGCCCAUUCGUCAGUGGAGCGUGCAGGUCUGCUGGGCGGCGUGCUGCUCCGCAAGGUGAACCCCGACUCCUCGCGGCGCCUCCGCGGAGACACGCUGAGAGAGACUAUCGAGGAAGACGUCAAGAACGGACUUAUUCCUUUCUACGUGGUAGCCACUUUGGGAACCACUUCUUCGUGCGCUUUCGACGCGUUAGAAGAGAUCGGCGACGUGUGCCGCGAGAAGGACAUCUGGCUGCACGUUGACGCGGCGUACGCGGGGUCCGCCUUCAUCUGCCCCGAGUACCGCUACCUGAUGAAGGGCAUCGAGAAGGCAGACUCCUUCAACUUCAACCCGCACAAGUGGAUGCUGGUCAACUUCGACUGCUCCGCCAUGUGGCUGAAGCAGCCGCGCUGGAUCGUCGACGCGUUUAACGUAGAUCCUUUGUACUUGAAGCAUGACCAGCAGGGGUCGGCUCCUGAUUACCGCCACUGGCAGAUCCCGUUAGGCCGCAGGUUCCGUGCGCUGAAGCUCUGGUUCGUACUGCGACUAUACGGGGUCGAGAACCUCCAGAAGCACAUUAGAAAGCACAUCGCUUUAGCUCAUCUUUACGAGAAGCUCUGCUCAUCAGAUGAAAGGUUCGAGAUCUACGAAGAAGUGACGAUGGGUCUGGUCUGCUUCAGGCUGAAGGGCAACAAUGAGAUCAACGAGGAGCUGCUAAGGAACAUCAAUGGACGCGGCAAGAUCCACCUGGUUCCGUCUAAAAUAGACGAUGUCUACUUCCUGAGGCUGGCCAUCUGCUCUCGCUUCUCAGAGGAGAGCGACAUUCACAUCUCGUGGGAAGAAAUAAAGGACUGUGCUGAUGAGGUACUUAAAAACCACAAAAAGUAAAGACGAAUAUAAUAUACACUAAAUAAGCAAUAUCGCCGAUGUUAACAGGAAAAUACGAGCGAGAAUUCCUGCAUAAAAGUUACAUGUACUUAAUGCUUGUCAGUUUGUAGUCUGUACCAAAUAGCUGUACUGUAUUAGCUUAGUGUAAUUGAGCCCAUUUUACUGGCCCAAACGUAAAUUCCUCACUAAACAUUUUUAUGCCCAACAGAAGUAUUAUACCUACCUACAUUGUACACUUCUAUAAUGACCUUACAAUCUACUAUGACCUAAACUGAGAACAUAUAUACAUAAUACAUUUUGUUAUUUAUAACGGCUGUAAGAAGCCUAAUCGUUGCUCAUUCUUUGUAUUUAUUAUAAUAAAUUAUUACGCAUGGUUAGGUGAUCAACCGAACGUUAACUAUGACUAUACGAAGAGUAUAGGUAUUACCUAUUUAUAAUUUUAUAUUAAUUUAAGUUAUUUCUGUGUUGUGAUAACAGAGUGAUAAUAAGACGUUACUAGGGCCAACUAUUUUAAUACGUAUGAUAUUGAAUAAGAUAUGUUUCCUGUGUGUAUAUGCAUAUUUAUGUACUAUACACACGAUACUGAAUAUAUUCGUCUUGCCUAUUAUUAUUAUAAAUGUACCUGUGUAAAUUACGUUAGAAAUCAUGUAUUAAAUUAGAUACAUUAUGUGUAUGUAAAAAAUAUAAGUACUUUCGUUGAUUGAUGAUUCCUACGGUAUUAAAUGCACUUUAAAUUGUUUUUCCCUUAACUUACUUCAAAUAUC